UCCAUCGGAUACUUUUGUCACAAGUGAUGGUAUCUAUGUGCUUGAUACUAAAAAUUACCGUGUUCAAAAAUGGCUGAAAAAUGGGAUCAAUGCAACUAUUGUGGCAGGGAUCACUGGUACACCCGGUGGUACAUCCAGUAACACAACGUUUUCUACAAGCUAUGGAUUGUUUAUCGAUCAGUUCGGUUCUAUCUAUGUAAGUGAUCAAGGAAAUUGUCGAAUACUACGCUUUCCACCAAAUUCAGUAAGCGGUACCAUUGGUGACUGGAUAGCAGGAACGGGCGUAUCGGGAUAUGGAUGGCAAGGUUUCGCUAGUCCAACUGGAAUCUUUGUUGAUAGCAAUCAAGCAGUGUACGUAGCAGACACAAGUAAUCAUCGAAUUCAAAAAUAUAAUUUUGGAGCUUGCUAUGGAAUGACUGUGGCUGGUACCGGGUAUGCGGGGAAUUCUCUGAAUCAACUUCAAAAUCCGACUUCAGUUGUUGUGGACAGUGAUGGAUGCUUGUAUAUUAGUGAUCAAAAUAAUCAUAGAAUUCUUCGUUGGGCACCUGAAGCUUGUGCUGGUGAAUGUAUUGCUGGUUGCUCUAUGACUCCAGGAACGCGACCGGAUCAAUUGAAUCAUCCAUCCGAUAUAGCAUUUGAUAGCCAGGGUUCACUUUAUGUUAGUGAUACAUGGAAUAAUCGAGUGCAAAAAUUUGCAAUACUCAAUGGUACCGGUGCGUACAAAAUAUUAGAGAGUUCAACAUAA